UUCUCGAUAAUACGAUAACAAUAAAUCUACGCUCUUCGUUGACAGUGAUGAUUCGUACACUUUCUUCUUUUCAAUAUAUACGUGACGUUCAGUGGUUAUUGUUCAAGCGAGAACAAAGAAAACGAGUCGAAGUCAAAGGAAGAAUCGCGCCGUAAAUGCACCGUAGUGAAAUUGCGUUUCGUGGAUUCUCGAAAUUCGUCGAAUCGAAUUGCAGUAACUUCAAUUCGUUUUUAAUCGAUAUACGAUUUCUAAUCGAUACAUGUUGCGCAAAUUGACAUUGUGAUUGAUCGAUUACAAACAUUUUGAAAUAUAAUUAUGCUUUGUCGUAUGAUCGAUACAUCGUUAAACUCGACCGCCUUGAACAAAAACAUAUCGUAUUUAUGCAAACUCGCUGUAUAGCUCAUUUUUAAACCGUGGUUCAAGUUGGUCACUUUUUUAAUUGGAAAUUCUUUCGCUUCAAGAUCUCGCUUUUUGGAUAUUGGCAGCUAAGAAAACAAAUUACAAGUUGCAAAAUUGAGGAGUACAACACAAAGCCAUGUCGAGUCCGUCGUUGAAAGACCUGCCAAAAGUAGCCUUAGACUUGAAAAGCGAAUUAGAAGGUUUCAAUCAUGGCUGCAUGAAGAAAGCUGCGACGGCCGAAAAAAAUGUUUUACCUUCCGCUGAAGACGUACGACAAGAACGACAACAUUCCGAAUUAAUCCACGAUGUGGAGUCUUUUAAACAAGAUCAGUUGAAACAUGCCGACACGAAAGAGAAGAUCAUUUUACCCAAUGCCAAAGAUGUAGCCGCGGAGAAGACUCAACAAACGUUGAUGUCGGGCAUCGAGACAUUCGACCCGACCAGUUUGAAACACACCGAAACUCAAGAAAAGAAUCCGUUACCUGAUAAGGACGCGAUUCAACAAGAAAAAGGAAAACAGCAAUUAAUCUCUGGAAUUGAAAAUUUCGAUCCUGCAAAGCUGAAACACGCCGAAACGCUUGAGAAAAAUCCCUUGCCUACCAAAGAAGCAAUUGACGCCGAAAAAAUAGCUGCUUAAAGAAAGCUUCAAAACCGGAAACACAAAAAAGAAAGGAAGCAGCGACUCGUCAUUUCUUCCAUUUUCUAUAUCGUGACAUUUUAUAACAAUUACUCAUACAUUGUCCACAGGAAAAAAGAAGAAUGCGACACACUGUGUUAAUGUAAUCUUAUGAUUAUACUUAUCCUACCGCCAUGAGCGUCCCUUUCGGCGAGACGCACAAGUCGUUUUUUAUACGAAAACUAUUAACGAUGAAAACGACGAUGAGGGUUCGGGCCCAAAUUUAAUUAAAAUAAUACGAUCAAACUUUACAAACGAUCUAUUUGAUUCCUACUGUUACCAACAUUAAACGAUUUUGGGUCUGUAUCAACAUCCGUCUAACAUUAACUCGCCAAAGGAUGUACUUUUUAUACUAAGAAAGCUGCACGUGAGCAAACGUUAUUUUCGAUAGCAACAAAAUUAUUGGGUAGCAUUGCAUGCGUUACAGAUGUCGCAAUGGUGCAGCGGUUGAUCUUAUAUUUGUGUAAAAAUCAUAUUUUAUAUAACGGGCUAUUGUACUUUUUUAACAUUUCGUACACAUCGCAUUGUCAUUCCGAUGAAAAUUAUUAUGACGAAUAAAAAAAGUAAUUUGUA